AGAACUUAAAGUGAAGGAUAUGGUAACGCUGUUCUAAUGUUUUAUGUCGGACUUAACGAAGAUGGCACGUCAGUUUACUGAAAAAUGGCGAAUGUGCGAGACAGCGACACAUCAUUGUGGCUGCAUAAUAAACUCGGAACAUCAAAUGAUUCGUGGAUAAGUGGCUCUAUUUGUUCUCAAUUAAACAAGGAAGUGUUGCGCAACAUUAAGGAAUGUUUUCCCGACCUCCAAACUCAAGUGAAAUUGAAAUUAUUGUUAAGUUUCUUCCAUAUUCCGCGUCGUCUUGUAGAAGAGUGGAAAACGGAACUCGACGGUGUCAUCGAAGUCGCUGGCCUAGAUACAGAACUAUGGGUGUCAAUGUUGGCAGAGAGUAUGAAAACAUUUCCAGCGACCAGCUCGCUCAAUACGGAGAUCUCGGAUUACGAAGAUACUCGUCCCAUUUUCACAGAAAUGGUGAAUGAUUUAAGGAAGUUAGUGGCCAAGCAUAGCGACUUAGGCAUGUUACCCUUGGAAUGUCAAUAUCUUAAUAAAAACGCUUUAGUGUCAGUGGUGGGUCAGCAACCUAAUCCUGUAAAACAUUUUACCAUCAAACGCAAACCAAAAAGUGCUACUUUGCGAACUGAGUUAUUGCAUAAAUCUGCUGAUGCUCAAUCGUCUUUAAAGAAGGCUUCGGCGCCUACUAUACCGCUUCGAUCAAGAGGCAUGCCACGAAAGAUGACAGACACAACACCUUUGAAAGGCAUACCAUCCAGAAUGCCGACGUCGGGCUUUCGUUCGCCUAAUGUAAAUCCUAAUAAUCAGCAAAGGCCGAAUUUAAGCCGGACUCCGGCCGGCCGUAAAGAUGGUGGCAUUAAACUUAUUGAAUUUACAGAGCAACCGUUAGGUUAUGCAGCGGCAAAGAAACGUAAACGGGAACAGCAGCUCGAAGAACAAGCCAGGAAACAUGAACAAAAGGCAGCCGCAGCGGCUGCAGCCGAUAAUAGUUCGCCCACAUCGAACAGUGUACCAUCAAAUAAUGCGGCGACCGCAUCCGUUCCUUCCACAACAACCACAAAUAGUUUUGAAAUCAAAACCGAACCGACGAGUUUACUUAAUCGAAGCCAAAGUAACAAUAUAGAUGAUGGCGUGACUUUGGAACACAAAGAGGACAUUAAACCAGAAAUCGUGGAUAACAUCGCAUCAAGCACACACUCAGAAAGCAUAUCUACGCCCGAAUAUGCCCCACCCUCGUUGAGUUAUACGCAGACGGCACCGGGCGGUUUAAUAGAUAAUGUUGGUACGCACUCCAGCCUAGAAGUGACGAAACCUAUAACGUCCAACGAUGUAACUGCCAGCAGUUUGCAACAGCAAACGCAACAACAAAAAUCUGGCAACAACAAUAAUAACUCAAAUAGUAUGAACCAUCCCCACAAACGGAUUAAACAAGAAAUUGAAAUAAAAAGCGAAGAGAUUUUGGUGCCAGCUAAUAUUAAAGUGGAAAAGUUAGAGCUGAAAACACAGCCAGUGGUUACGCAAACUUCAACUCAGACUUUAGUUCAGCGAAUACAACAGAAACAACAACAACAACAGCAACAUCAACCUCAACAAGCUCAACGAGUCAUUAUUCAACAGCAACAAUCGUUACCUAUAUUGCAACAUAUACAAACUCAAACUAAUCAGCAACAGUAUCAACAACAAACACAUCAACAACAGCAAACGCAGCAGACGUCUACCCAACAUGUCAUUAUACGCACUUCACCUCAAACACAAAAACAAGCGUUGGCAGUAAGACAGCAAAACACAGCGUCGACACCGGUGAAAAUGGAAAAACUGGAAAUCAAACCUUUGGUACGUAGCACUAUUGUCAAUCAGCCUGGAACAAUUUUAACCCAGCAGCAACCAAUGAGGCCGGCUGCUACGAAUUCCUCCAAUCCUUUGGCGAAUUUACCGAAUAAUAUUUCGGUCAAAAUAACCUCAACCAAAACGGGAAAAGUCACCCAAACACAACAGACUCUUGUUCAAUCGACCCAGCAGCAGCAGCAACAACAACAAACGCAUCAACAACAACAACAGCAACCACAACAACAACAGCAAAUUCUUAUUAAUAGUUCUACCCCCGUUAUAUUAGCAUCAACUCCGACGCAAACAGCUGCUAUGCGGCAAAAACAGUUAUCCACAAGUGCGGUAACGGCGCAGAAUGCUAUUCCGCAAACGGCCCAGGCGAUCAAAUCGAUGCCGCUUAGUCAAUUAAAGAAUGCAACAAACAGUGGUCCAGUUAUUAUAUCGCAAACUAUAAUACAACCAGCUAAAAGGGCUAAUAACGCAACAGCGGUUAAUCAGCAGCCAAGCCAGCAAGCACAAACUCAACCCACGCAAAUUAUACAACAAACACAUACUCAGCAGCAUCAACCAUCAAAUCCCAAUACUACCACGCAGUAUAUAUUGACUCAGCAACAACCAACGCAACAACAGCAACAACACCAGCAAACACUGUCAACAUUGACAGCUUAUACCCAAAAUCGUCAGCAAAAUACAUACACCACGACAUCCCAAACUCCGCAAACGCCCACCUCUACCAAAAUACUUCUCAAAACUUCACCCUCGUCGGGCGUAGUGAUACGUCAACAACAACAACAACAGCAGCAGCAACAGCAAUCGCAGCAAACUGUCGGGAAUCCUCCACCUCUUAUAGCGACAGCGACAUCUACAUCGUCCGCAUCCACUCUUCUCAAUAUACAAAACGUGCAAUUACCGAAUCGUCCAGUUACAAUACAGCCUGCCUCUCAAGCUGCCCAACAACAACACUUGCAAGCCCAGCUUCAGCAACAACAACACACACUAGUCUCUAAUAAUACGGCUACGCAACAACCGAAAUUAACACAAGUUCUCAUGCAACCCAGCGGCAGUACCGGUACUGCCACUGUGACAACGACUCCUGCUAAUGCUAAUCUUAAAAAUAAAACAAUUAUCCUCACGCAGAAAGGCGUCAUUCUUCGUAAUAUUGUAGGUGACAUGUAUGAACAGAUUCCCAUUAGCAAUGUGAGCGGCUUGCAAACUCUCGGCACUGGCUCAACUACGCUUAUGACAACUGCGGCAGGUCCGCCCGGUCUUGUAAAGACUACGACGGUGUCUGCUUUGCCCCAAACGCAAACGAUUACCCUACAACAACAGCCGCAAAGUCAGGUGACAAAAACACAGCUGCCAACAUUGAUACCGACGCAACAGCAUAUGAUUGUGCAACAACAACCACAAGCUACAGCGAGUUUAAUAACAAAUCCUACGCAGCAGACUAUUAUACGGCCGGUUAUGACAAAUGUGCAAAGCGGUUUGACUGCUUUACCCGGCGGCUUGACCUUAAUCCAAAGGCCCGGUCAACAGCCGCAACUUGUUCAAGUACAAACGACACCGGUACAACAAGCGCAGCAACAAACUCAAAUACAGCGUACAAUUAUUACGCAACCAGCCAUCCAACAAACUACUCAGCAACUGCGUCCGCAGCAAAUUGUUUUGCAACAAAAGCCAGCAGCGACACAGCGGCUUAUUACGAGUACACAACAAAUACAAUUACAGCAAAACGCUGCGGGCGGAAUACAGCGCAUUAUACAAUUGCCUCAACAGCAACAACAAACGCAGCAAGCUACGCAAACCCAACAGCAACAGCAAACUCAACCGCAACAACAAACAGCGCCUCAACGUAAAGGGCUUUCAUUAUCGAACGAACACGUUCAUAAGGCCCAUGAAAUGUUUCGUAAAGCGAAUCGUGUGUCGCGCCCAGAUAAAGCUCUAAUAUUGGGAUUUAUGGCCGGCUUGCGUGAAAAUCCUCGGCCCAAUUCGGAAAAUGUGAUUGUCAUCAAACUGGGAGAAACCGAAGAAAAAGUUCAACAGGAAGACGGUAUUACCGCUUUGUGCCUGGUGGAAUCCCAUAUACGUUUAGAUUAUAAUACUGGCGAGUGGAAAACAUUCCAAAAUUAUAGACGUCUCGAUCAGAGUACGCAAAGCUCCACAGAAAAUGCUAGCAGUAGUAAUAACGUUAUGCAGUCGCAAAAUUCAGUCGUAAUUUAAUGAAAACGACAACCUAUACAAACAAAGAAAGAUGCAUAAGCGAUUGACGCUCUAUUAAGAAAAAGAAGAGGAAAAUAAAUUGAAAACAUGGAAUUGUCAUAGGGAAAAAGCUUAAAAAAGCGCUUAGCACUUACUCGGACAUUUACAUCAGUUCUUCAAGUUUCAACAAGAAAGUAUCAAUUGUAUAUUUAUAUUUAUAUA